ACCAUUAAGGAAGAGUUCCGCCCUGGUGUUUAUAGUGGAGAAAUGUCGGCGCCCGCUGAGGAAGGCCGAGAGGCGCCGGCCGGUUCUGAACCCGAGCCCCAGGCUUCGGGCCCGAGCGUUCAGCGGCCGAGUACCCGGUCCAACCCCGAGGGCGCAGAGGACAGACAGGAUCCGCCCGGCCAGGGGGCGCAGACGGGCGGUAGAGAAGGAGAUGGAGAGGCUGGGACUGAGAGCCCAGGAGUCGGGGGAAGGACCAGGGGUAGUCGGAGGAGGCAGCAGGAACAGGAGGCCCAGGCCCAAACUCAAACCCACAGUCUGCCCUCGUUCCAGACCCAGAACCAGUCUCAACCCCAGUCCCAAUCUCAAAGCCAGUUCCAGCCCCAGUCCCUAACCCAAACCCAAUCCCAGAGUAAAUUCCAGUCCCAGCCUUCAAACCAGUCCCCCAAUCCACCCCAAACCGCAGAUCAAACCCAAAGUCAGUCCCAACCUGCACCCCCGUGUCCAACCCAAUCACUGCCCCAGUCUCAGUCUCAAUCCCAAUUUCAGCCCAAACCUCAGUCACUGCCCCAGUCUCAAAGCCAACCUCAGCUUCAAAACCAGACCCUGCCACAAGGUCAGUCUUCAGCCCUUCCCCAAUCCCAGAGUCAGCCCCAAUUCCAAUCUCAACUGCAGUUCCAAAGUCAACCCCAGCCUGAGAUUCAGAUCAGGACCCCAAAGGUUAACUGCCCAGAGAAAGUGAUCAUCUGCUUGGAUCUUUCAGAGGAGAUGUCACUACAGAAAUUAGAGUCGAUGAAUGGUUCCAAAACCAACGCAUUAAACAUUGCUCAGAAAAUGAUAGAAAUGUUUGUCAGGACAAAGCACAAGAUCGAUAAGCGGCACGAGUUUGCUCUCGUGGUGGUGAAUGAUGAAGUCACUUGGCUGUCUGGCUUCACCUCUGACCCCCGGGAAGUUUGCAGCUGUCUGUAUGACCUAGAUACAAAUGUCUGUGAAUCUUUCGAUCUGGAUGGGCUCUUUAACCUUGUACAACAGAAAAUUGAAUUGCCAGUGACAGAAAAUGUGCAGACAAUCCCGCCUCCAUACAUCGUACGGAUGAUACUGGUCUACAUUCGAACACCCUGCAACCCGCAGUCAGUUUCAGUGGAGCAUUUCAGCAAAAUUCUGCAAUCCCCUUAUUUUUUCUUCGAUGUGAUUUAUAUUUACAACAGAACUGAAGAAAUGGAAGAGGAGCCUGGUUCCAAGGAAGCUCAUUCAUUUUUCAAUAACUUGGACACAAAGGGAACCAGUUACAAAUAUGACGUGUCACUCACUGGACAAGCUGUGGAACUACACAACUGCAUGGCCAAGUUACUCGCACAUCCACUGCAGAGGCCAGUCCAGGUCCACGCAGUUUAUAGUCUUCUGGAGGAUGAAGAUUCAGUGGAAGUGGAAGCAACUGUCUGAUGAAAGGAUGUUUCUGGGAGAAGUAAAAUUCUUUCUCAAUUG